GAUGUUAACAAUCAAUCAAUCCAGAGGAAUCCGCUCCAGCUCCAGCUCCUCCCGUUCGCCCAGCCGCCAUGUCCCAGACGCAGUGCCGCCUGUAAGCAGCCGCCAAGAGAAGUCCGCCCGCAUUCAGCGGGAGCAGAAGCGUCAGGGUCAGGUGACCGGAGCCCAAUUCCCGCUGCCCGCAACAGGUUGCGCCCCCCCGCCCCCAAAGAAGUGUUUACCCCGCCGACGCCGAGUGAGCCCAGCCGAAGGUAGAGUGGUUCAUUCGCCGCCAGGAUGCAGCAGCGCCGCCAGCCGGUGAAUGGCAGCAGCGGAGGAGGAGGAGCCCGCCAGGAGGAGCAGUCCCAGUCCCAGCCCCAGGAUGCGGCGGAACCAAAGGAUGCAACAAGCAAGGCACCGCGACGCGGCUGCUACUUCUCGCUGGCCUUCUCCAUCGGUUCGAUGGGUCUGGCCUGCGGCAGCCUGUGGCAGAUACCCAACAGCAGCGACCGCAUCUCGCUGCAGCGCGGACUGGUCCUCACCUCGCUGGGAUUCAUCUACUUCGUCUCGCUGACCGACUUCUGCAACAAGUACCUGCUGGAGACGAGCCAUGGCCAGCGGUUCCGACGCAAGUACCGCCUGAUGAUGUCCGACGUCCUGGAGAUCACCAACAAAAUCGUAUCGGCCAUCCAGGCCUUCUUCUCCUUCCUCGUGGGACUCAUCGUUUGCAAAUCUACGUGCACCAAGUCCUUCGUUUAUGCAUCACACUUCUUGAUGGAGGCCUACGGUUGGUUCGGCACCGCCUACUUUAUGUACGACAUCUGGUCGAUGUACAAGGUGCACACCCAGAAGAUCGCCGACAAGCUGCAUCUGCUGCGCAUUACCAAAGGUCAGGGGGCGGCGGUGAGCAAUGGUCAUGCCAAUGGCAAGGCCAACGGCAACUCAUCCGGCGGCAACAACAACGGCAGCACUCCAGGCACCCCGAGCGAGAUCUGCGACUACGACGGCGCCUGCGUCCAGAUUCCCAAGGACGGCAGAUGGGAUUUCCUUAAGUACGUCCUCACGCACCCAGUCAUGAUGAUACACCACGUCUUUAUCGGAACUUUUGGACUGCUGGUGGUGACGUAUAUUCGCGGCGGCGGCCACUGCAUCUACAGCUACAUGUUCAUGAUGGAGUUCUCCACGCCGUUUGUCUCGAUGCGCAGCAUCCUGAGCACCAUGCGCCUGAAGAAUUCGCGCGUGUACAUCGCCAACGGGCUGCUCAUGCUGGCCACCUUCUUCGUGUGCCGCGUCUGCAUGUGGCCAUACGUGAUGUGGCGCUACAGCCUGGCCAUCGAGGCUGCCUCCAUGUGGGCGGCCAUGUGCGGGCUGCCACGAGGUUGCCUCGUCAGCAUCGCCAUUCUGUUCUUGCCACAGCUUUAUUGGUUCUAUCUGAUGGUUUUGGGGGCUCUCAAGGUAUUCCUACCGCAGAAGCGACGACCGCCCAAUGCCGUUCUUCCAGAUACAAAUGCGGCCACGCCCACUCCCACCGCCCUCAUAAAUGGCAAAAACUAGUGCAAAUUGUAAACUAUUUGUUUUCUAUACAUGUAUUUAUUUUGAGGCAGAGUUCCAGCCGCUUCCAUUUUGCGGAGAUCUUGCUAUUGUUUAUACAUUUUUAACAAUUAAUUAUACAACAACGACUCAUCAGGACGGACGGAAUAUUGUUGACACGGAAGAAGGAAUCGGAGAGGAUUUCGACGGAUUACGACGGAAAAUUACGACCAGGGACAGAUCUUUAGUUGUAAAAAGACAUUUACUAAAAACCUGAAAAAAAAACUAAGAACAAACAGAAAACUAAAACCAAAUGCAGAUGAAGCGAAUAAACUAACUACAUACGUUGCUUAUUUUUUGAAGCAAGCCCCCUAACCAUAAAUGAAUCAAUGUUGCAUUCAAUUCUUGCUAUAUCCAUGAAAUCGAUGUUGUAAUUCGCCCCAAAGAUUGUCGAGGGAAAAGCUUGUGUUAAUAACAUAGCCUGUUAGAAAUAUAUAGCGAAUGCAGAAGAGAUAACUGAAAAGCAUAUUAAAGCCAAAGGAAAUUGGCCAGAUGCAUUACUAGGAACGUUCGAUGUGCAUAUAUUGCGAGUUAAUAUUGUAAAACGAAGAGAAAAUUUAUAGCGAUUAAAAAGUAGAUUUCCAGGGACCGUAAAAAAUUAUUUCGAUUUCCUUAAAUGUUUAAUAUUGUUUUUGCAAUCAUUUAAAUACGAGCCACCCAGAAAACAGCGUGGCAAAAACAAUGAAGCCCAGUUUUAAAUUAAUUUAACAAAGAUAAAGAACAAUAUUCUUAUUUA